CAUAUGCACGUAGCCUACCUCCGGACACGUCUUACCCUUGGUUUCUCAUUUUCUAAUUCGCUCCCAUUCAAUUGACUACCGACAUGGAGCACCUUAUCCGUUGAUUCCAUCCAAAACACCCAUCCUUCGAUUGACUUAGGUGUCGUUGACUGAGCAGUGAGCACACGACUUGGACGGGAGGUCAAGCUGAGCGACAGCCAUCAUGCCCCAACCACUCAGCCACAAGGAAAAUACGCUGUUUCGCUCAGUCGUUAAGUUCUACGAAGCGAAACAGUACAAGAAAGGCAUCAAGGCGUCUGACCAGAUUCUCAAGAAGAACCCCAACCAUGGUGACACGCAAGCGAUGCGGGCGCUCAUUAUGAACGCCCAAGGAAACACUGAUGAAGCGUUUGCGCUGGCCAAGACCGCUUUACGCAACGACAUGAAGUCGCACAUCUGCUGGCACGUCUACGGGAUCCUCUAUCGCGCCGUCAAGAACCUCGAGGAGGCCAUCAAGGCGUACAAAGCGGCGCUGCGGCUCGAUCCCGAGUCGGCACAGAUCCAGCGAGACCUGGCCUUCCUGCUGGUCCAGGUGCGAGACUACCCGGGAUACAUCCAGUUGCGGAGGCAGAUGCUCCAAGCGCGACCUUCGGCACGACAGAACUGGACGGGGCUAGCGGUCGCGCUGCACCUGUCGGGGGAUUUGGCCGCCGCAGAGGACAUCCUCAAUACCUACGAGGGCACGUUGAAGCGAGCGCCGCCGAAGACGGACCUCGAGCAUUCGGAAGCGCUGCUGUAUAAGAACACGAUCAUUGCGGAGCAGGGCGACAUCGAGCGGGCGUUGGAGCAUCUCGAGAAGAUUUUCAAACACAACCUGGACCGGACGGGCGUAAUGGAGCUAAAAGCAAAGUAUCUGCUUGAGCUUGGAAGAUUGGAUGAAGCGAAGAAAGCUUACGAAGAGCUUUUGGAGCGAAACAACGACUACAGGGACUACUAUUUUGGCUUGGAGAAAUCAUUAGGCCUGGAUCGGUCCGACCCAGGGAGCUUAGAUGGGUUAAAGCAAAUGUACAAGACCUAUGCAGAGUCGGGCGAACGUGUGGAUGCGCCGCAGCGGAUACCGCUCGAUUUCUUACAAGGAGACGAAUUCCGAGAAGCUGCCGAAGCAUACGUGAGGCGAUGGCUCGCGAGAGGCAUUCCCUCGACAUUUGCAAAUAUCAAGGCUCUAUACGGAGACGAGACGAAGCGACAAGCGUUCCAAGACAUCGUACAUAAGUUCACCAGCGAAAUCGAGUCGGGAACACAGUCUUCAGUUGAUGCCGAUGCGAAAGCGAAGGGUAGACUGCGAUCGGCCAUGCUAUAUUUCAUUGCGCAACACUACGACUACCGCCUCACCAGGGAUCUCCGGAAGGCGAUGGAUUUCAUAGACAAGGCGAUCGAGCAGGAUCCGGAGUUUGUAAAUUUGACCAUGACAAAGGCACGGAUAUACAAACACUACGGCGACAUCGCCAAGGCGGCAGAAACGAUGAACAGUGCCCGGGAGCUGGACGAGCGAGAUCGAUAUAUCAACACGAAAUGCGCGAAAUAUCAAUUGCGGAACGACGAGAACGAGAAUGCGCUCACCACCAUGAGCAAGUUCACACGCAACGAGACGGUGGGAGGACCAUUGGGUGAUCUACAUGACAUGCAGUGCAUGUGGUACAUCACGGAGGACGGCGAAUCAUACCUUCGACAAGGCCACCUGAGUCUCGCUCUGAAGCGUUUUAAAGCCAUUUCCGACAUUUUCGACGUCUGGGAAGAGGAUCAGUUCGACUUCCAUGGCUUCUCACUACGAAAAGGGCUGAUCCGCUCAUACAUCGACCUCAUCCACUGGGAAGAUCGGUUGCGUGACCACCCGUUCUACGCCAGUGCCGCCAUCUCCGCCAUCGCCAUCUAUAUCACAAUCGCCGACAAUCCUCACCUCGCACAGGCGAAUGGCGUGCCGAAGGAUCUCGACACCAUGGAUGCAGGGGAGAGGAAGAAGGCAUUGAAGAAGGCCAAAAAAGAACAGGAGAAGUUGGAGGCGGAGCGAGUCGACAGAGAGAAGAAGGCUGCGGCAAAGAAAGCUGGCACGGGAGGCGAUGGUGAGGCAAAGAAGGAGGACACGGAUCCGCUAGGAUUGAAGUUGGUGCAGACGCCAGAGCCGCUUGAGGAGGCGCAGAAGCUGCUUACCCCACUACUUCUAUUGACGCCGAAGUCAAUGGAUGCACAGAAUAUCGGGUUUGAGGUGUUCAUUCGCAAGAGGAAAUACCUCCUGGCGAUGAAGGCGCUUGUGGCAGCCCACAAGCUCGACCCAGAGCAUGCGACACUACACGAGCAGCUCAUCCGCAUGCGCAGAACUUUGGACGACCUACCCGCACCGCUCUCCGCCCCAACAGCGGCCGUCAUGAAAGAAGUGUCCACCAUCCUCCCCGCCUCCGACUCCCUCGCAUCCUUCAACGACGCCUUCCUCGCGAAACACAAAGACAGCGUCACCCACGUGCAGUCGGCGCUGCGCGUCCGGGCCCUCCUCGAUCCCACGUCGAAGAUGCAGAACGAGAAGGCCCUGGUGGCAACGCUGGAGCUACCGAGCAUCACGAUGAAAGACGCGCAGGGUGCCUUGUCUAUUCUAUCGGAGUGGAAGUCGGACGCUGUGGUAAGGCAGGGGUAUGCUGAGGCGGCUAGUAAGAAGUGGCCGGAGUCGACGGUGUUCUCACCCAAAUAAAUGGAUAGGGGUCGGAUUCGGAUGCAUAGUACGGUUGGCUGCACCAGCGAUUGUCAAUAUGCCUGAUUUAGGCGUGUGUUGAAGCAUUUAACUGGUAUUAAGUGUGAGUACCGGUAGCCAGCAUAAAAAUCCAAAUGCAUGCUCUUAAAGCUGUCGACG